AUGUCAAUUGGGGUCAAGUUCAUAAUACUAGAAAAGCUUGACUUUGAGAGAGAACUAAUUUCUCUAUUUUUUUGUAGCAUACUGGAGAUUCGUUUUAUAAAAUUUCUCGCACAUCGUUUCUUCGAAGGAACGGAAGUGUCGACUGCGGGUAUUGCGACCUAUGGCUACGUCCCCGUGUUACCAAUCAAUAUUAAUUCGGCACUCGACAGAAUGGCUGUAACCUAUGAAGAGUUUUCGAAACAUUUGACACCCGCUACACAACUUCGAAACACUAACGAACACUCCAAUACUGCGCAAGCUAUCGAAUACAUAAACCUCUUCAAGGAUUUGAAAGGACGCGCUAAUUGCUUGGUGUUUUUGUCGGCGCAGAAGAAACCGAAGACAUUACCAAGGCUAUUCGUGACAAAAGAAUGGAAAACAGUGAUUGCAGUAGGAUUCGAUGGUGCCGAUCUACGUAGUAUCCUCACAUCACCACAAGGAAUCGCAAUGCAAGUUCCAUACUUAUUCAAGGAUAAGGACGUCCGUCGUGUGGCCGACACUAUUUUAAAGUCUUUCUGA